AAUGGUAUGACUUAUGUGUGUUUUUAUAUUUUUAUUAAGAUUGCAUAACUAGUACGCAACCUUUUUUCAUCAUAUGCUCGAUCUAUAAAUACAACAUUGGGGACACCCACUUUAUUUGUGCAAAACUUGUUGUAUCAAUAAUUAAGCUUAAGGAAACAAUAUAAUGGCAUCGGUGCAACAAGCUCAUGACUCGAACCAAUUAUCUGACAAGGAGAAAACCGCAAUCGGAGAAGCAACAAAGGAGGCAGAGUCGUUUAUCUUGGCAAAAAACAACCAUGCAAAGGCGGCGGCGGCAGCGGCGGCGGCGACGGUGAGCCAAGGUGAUAAAGUGGUUUUUGUCACAGGCGUUUUGAAGAAUCUCUUUUCUAAAGCUAUGUAUCAAUGGAAAACAUAUAUCUGGGACGGAGAAUCGGAAUUCAUGGAUCGCCCACCAUAUCAAAUGAAUCCUUCUGGUAUUUAUAUGUUUGUGCACAUGAGUCUCCCUCAGUCGCACAGCAAGGGUGCCAUUAUAUAUGAUGCCCCUAAAGGGACAGAUCCUGCUCUUGGAUGGCUUUUUGCUUGGGAUAAGUCCAAUGAAGUUAACAAGGUGUACGUGGAAGCUGGGGCUAUGUCAAGGAUUAAAAGAAUACAAGAACGUGAAAUUCUUGAAAAACUAGUUGCAUCCAAGAAUACAAGUCGAUACUGGGAUAGCGACACAGGUGCUUCAGCGGCUGCUGAAAUUAAGAAGUGGGAUAAUUCCAUGUCUUUGCUUGUUGUCACCUUUGAUCAGGAUAAGUAAGUUCCUCCACGAGUUCACGGUCGCAAUUAAAAAAGACCGGUGCACCGGUCAUAUUCUAUAUCAACAAGGGAAAACUAAGACGUGACUAAAUUAAAUAAUCUGCUUUCUAUAUCAAGCAACUACAUAUAUAUUAGCCUAUUAUAUAUGUACAUGCACUAUAACAUAUAUAUGCUGGUUAUAGUGAAUAAAAUAAACAAUGUAACGCCCCUUGGUUUUGUAAUGCCCGUAAGAUGAAAUAUAUACAUCAUUUUAUCUA